ACACCGCGUUGGACCUGAUGGACGCGGAAGCCCGAGGCAAUGCUUCCGGACUCGGCAAUUUCACCACUUCCGGAACAGUGUGUCCACUUCCGUGGUUUCCGAGUGAUAUCGUUGGCCCUGGUGCUGGUGCUGCUGGGGAUCAGCCGGUCAAUGCAUCCGACGUCCCUCCGAUUGACCUUUCGGACGAAAAGUUGGAUGGUCCCUUUGUGUGGCGUCAAAGCACUCAAACGGUGAUUAUGAGCAGUUUCUUCAUGGGAUACAUUUGGACGCAGCUUUUUGGCGGGAGAAUCGCCGAACAUUUCGGCGGAAAAGAAGUGAUAGCUUGUGGCAUGAUCUCUGCAGCAAUUUUGCACUUUCUCAUCCCUUUCGCAGCUGGGACCAGCAUCAAUUUGCUGAUUGCUCAAAGAAUACUCUCCGGCCUGAGUUUGGGCUUUAUUGUGCCAACUGCAAACGUCAUGAUAUCAAAAUGGUGUCCACCGGCGGAAAGAAGCAUGAUGAACGCCGUAGUACAUUCU